CAGCCCGCAGACGUCGCUGGGUCGGGAAGGUUCGUCAGGCGGCACUGCCCUUCCGGCGUGGACGUCGAGGCACGGCGCGUGGGUGGCCCGGCGGGGUCCUCGCGGUCCUCGGCGGGCCCGGGGGAGGGCCCUCUUUGUGGCUGCAGUUGGCAAGAUGGCGCCAGUGGGGGUAGAGAAAAAGCUGCUGCUGGGUCCCAAUGGGCCCGCGGUAGCUGCAGCCGGUGACUUAACCAGUGAAGAGGAGGAGGGCCAGAGCCUGUGGUCUUCGAUCCUGAGCGAAGUGUCCACCCGCGCCAGGUCCAAGCUGCCGUCCGGCAAGAACAUCCUUGUCUUCGGUGAAGAUGGUUCUGGUAAAACAACGCUCAUGACUAAACUACAAGGAGCAGAGCAUGGCAAAAAAGGAAGAGGCCUAGAGUAUCUCUACCUCAGUGUCCAUGAUGAGGAUCGAGAUGAUCAUACACGCUGCAAUGUGUGGAUUCUGGAUGGAGACCUCUACCACAAAGGACUGCUGAAGUUUGCAGUUUCUGCUGAAUCCUUGCCAGAAACCCUGGUCAUUUUUGUUGUGGACAUGUCUAGGCCUUGGACUAUAAUGGAGUCACUACAGAAGUGGGCAAGUGUUUUACGGGAACACAUUGAUAAAAUGAAAAUUCCACCAGAAGAAAUGAGAGAGCUGGAACGAAAGUUUGUAAAAGAUUUUCAAGACUAUAUUGAGCCUGAAGAAGGUUGUCAGGGUUCCCCACAGAGAAGAGGGCCUCUGACCUCAGGCUCUGAUGAAGAAAACAUUGCCCUGCCUCUGGGUGACAAUGUACUGACUCAUAACCUGGGGAUCCCGGUGUUGGUGGUGUGCACAAAGUGUGAUGCAGUAAGCAUCCUGGAGAAGGAGCAUGAUUACAGGGACGAGCACUUGGACUUCAUCCAGUCACAUCUGCGGAGGUUCUGCCUCCAGUAUGGAGCUGCCUUGAUUUACACAUCAGUGAAAGAAGAGAAAAACCUCGACUUGUUAUAUAAAUACAUUGUUCAUAAAACAUACGGAUUCCACUUUACCACACCUGCCUUAGUUGUGGAAAAGGAUGCAGUUUUUAUACCUGCAGGCUGGGACAAUGAAAAGAAAAUAGCUAUUUUACAUGAAAAUUUUACAACUGUGAAACCAGAAGAUACAUAUGAAGAUUUUAUUGUGAAACCUCCUGUAAGAAAGCUGGUCCAUGACAAAGAGUUGGCAGCAGAGGAUGAGCAGGUGUUCCUAAUGAAGCAACAGUCAGUCCUUGCCAAGCAGCCGGCCACACCCACAAGAGCCUCUGAAUCCCCUGCAAGAGGACCGUCUGGCUCUCCAAGGACCCAGGGCCGGGGAGGGCCAGCCAGUGUGCCUAGCCCCUCCCCGGGCACAUCAGUAAAGAAGCCAGACCCAAACAUCAAAAAUAAUGCAGCAAGUGAAGGGGUGUUGGCCAGCUUCUUCAAUAGUCUUUUGAGUAAAAAAACAGGUUCUCCUGGAAGUCCUGGUGCUGGUGGUGUGCAGAACACAGCUAAGAAGUCAGGACAAAAGACUGUGUUGUCAAAUGUUCAGGAAGAACUGGAUAGAAUGACUCGAAAACCAGACUCCAUGGUAACAAACUCUUCAACAGAAAAUGAAGCCUGAUCCUCCUUAAAAAUGCACAUGUCAUAUGACCAAAUAACUAUGUAUAUUGAUCUGCUAAGACCACGAUUUUUCUGAUAUGGCACAUGCUAUCGGUUUUUUGGGGUAGGGGAGAUGAACUUUAAAAAAAUACUUCAUUGGCUUGUCCCAAGUGUGAAGUGCACAUUUAAGAAGGUUACGUGUCAGGCCCCUUGUUAGGGAUAACGCUCUUCGGGCUUGUGGCUGUUGUGUGGAAAGAGCACAGCCAGGCUUGUAGAGCAGAGAAUGGGAACCCACUUUCCAUCAGGGCAGAGCAGACGAGACCAGGAAAUCAUUGAUCAGAUGGUGGCUAGUCCAACCAGUUGCGUAUCGGCAAAUUCACUUGUUCUUGGGAAGCAGAUUAAAUAGCAGAAAGUUCAAGAAGGAAAAGACUGAAAAGAGGAAUGAGAGAAGUGAUGGUGGGGAAGCUGAAUGUUGAGGGAGGUGGAAGAAGGAGUUAAGCAGUGUUAGUAAGUACUGUGCUCAGUAGAGUCAAAUAAUCAUUGUUUAAGACUUAAAAUUAGAAGCAUUUCCAAACUAAACACUAAACAAAAUGGGAAUUAGACUUGUUGUAAAGGCAUCUUUUUAACCUACAGAAGAUGUGUUAAAUGUGGGGUGCCGAGUCAGGUUGGACUGACACGGGUUUGGAGGAUGGCAGCUGCCUAGGACCCACAUGCUUGGCCUAUGCCAUGAGCCCAGGGAAAUCCUGGACUCCAUGCAUGUGCAUUGUGAGGCAGGCAGUCACUGUGGGCUGUGUUCAAAGUCAGCAGAUACAAUAUGAGUUUACUUUGAAUUAUGUUUUCUAAAUAGCUACUGCUUUGUUUUUUAAUUAAAUUUUUGGGUUUUGUUACUUUGUUUUUUUACUACCACAGGCUAGCCUACUAAAAGAAAAUGGGUGAUCAACCUCUCAUUUUACCAUAUUACAGUGUGGUACAGAAAGUUUGGGGGAAGUUGUCAGCAUUGUACUCUAGUUAAUUAGCUUGCAGAACUCUGCCUUAUAGUCUGUGGAAGCCUUCAUGGAGUUCCACACAUGUAAGAGGAUCUUGUCCUAGUACUCUGGUCUGAUCAGUGCUAUCAGAUGGAGGACAAAUAAGUGAAUGUUUUAUAUUGAAAAUGAAACACUUAUUUUGUGUUUUUCAUAAUAUGUAGCUUUUUUUUUUUCUUUCUUUAUUUCCAGAAAUGAGAGUUUCAGAUGUCUCCCCAUUUAGGGCAAAUUUAUCCACAUUGUCAUGUUACACCAUCAUUCUGGAAAUGAUUUCUGUGGAUUUGAAGUGGCACUUUUAUAUAUGACACAGCAUUUAAAUGCAACACUAUGAAUUUCAUGUAUAAGACAUGUUUUCAAACCAAGGGAAAAACCACAGUUCGCUUAAGUGGAGUUUACUUUUUUAUAAGAAUGUUGUACUGUGUCUCAGUCUAACUUUCCUAAUGUGUCAUUACUUUUACAUACCAGAUUUGACUGACCACUAACAAUACUGGGCAUAAUUUAUAUCCUGUGUUAUACAACUAAACUCUUCAGUCUUGAAUUGUCUUGAAUUGCUUUUGUAAGCAAAGGUCUGAACACUGUUAAGGAGAAAGUUCUAUAUUUACUUGCCUUUCUGAUAAAAAGAUGUUUAUUGUGCCAGUUUUAUUGGUGAAAUAUAUUAUUUUUUCCCUUUUUUAGUUCAGCUUUUUUUUUUAAUAUAUUGUGAUUUCCAAUUACCAAGUUGUCUAGGUGAUGACAGUAAACUGACUGGAACGAUAGUUGUGUAAUAACCAGUAGAUGCCAAACAGUUUAUUGCCACACAAAAGGUGGGGGUCUCUUAAUCUCUCUGUAGCAGCUGGGGCAGAAUGAGUGAUCACAGAAACAAGAAGGAAUUUUUGGAAAGGCACAUGUCUAAGAGAGAAACUGCAAAAUUCAAAUUUGUAUCAUUUGAACUGAUAGCACUUUUUGGAUCAGUGUGAAAUACUAAAACCAGCAAAAUAAUAAGAUGCCAGGCUAGUGAAGGAAAGUUUCUUGGAGACCGCUUUUAUGCUCAUGACAAGUGGACAUUUCUAGUAUCAGGAGAAAACUGAUGCAGUGUAGUGGUUGCCAAAGUCUACCAACUUUGGAGAGCUUCAGGGUUCGUUUGGGAGAGUGAGAGGGAGAUGAUUUUUAUUUAUAGAGUUUUCAAGCAUUGGAACCAAAGGCCAAAUAGUGAGCAGCCUUUACUUUUUAAAGUAAAAUUCAUUAUUUGCUGAAUACACUUGUAUGUAAACUGUUAAUUUAUAUACAUUAUAGUGGUUAUAUCUGCUGUUGUCUUUAAAAUGGAAAAAUAAGCCCAUCGUAGAAGAUACGGCCCAGAUAAGGGCCAUGGAUUGGUCUUCUAAAAAUGCAACAGGUAUGCUGCUAGAUUAUUAUUUUGUUUGCACUUUGUUUUUUGGGGAUUGGCAUUUUAAAAUCAGUAAACUGAAGAAAUUGUUGUGUUUUAUUUAACCAAGUUGAAAGUGACUGCUCUGUACAUCAUGACCUUAACAAUGUUGAUGCUGUAAGUGAAGUUCACUGUUGUCUCUAUGCUAAGUUCAUUGGUGUUUCUAAUUUAAGAUUAGGACUGCAGAUUAUCCCCAACUAGCUUAGUCCAAGGUGUGGCUCUAUCCAGGUUCGGUAUGCAGUCAUGUGGAACCUUGCUUUCUAGCAGUGGAAAAAAAAGAUGUCUCUACUGGCUUCAAUAAACACGAAUCCAGACUGCUUACAA